AUGGGGAGACGCUCACCAGGGAACAUGCCACCCCUGAUGAACGAUGAAGAAAGUGGGGAUUCCAAAUUUUCCUGCAACGAAUGUAGAAGAAGAAGAACUAGAUGUACCAGAGAGGUUCCAGUCUGUAGACUGUGUUCCAAAUAUAAGAGGCACUGUUUAUACGAGAAACACAGUAAAACUCCAUUAACCAGAAGACAUUUGACUGAAGUUGAAGAAGAAUUAAACCUCUCUAAACAAUUGUUGAAAGAAUAUAUGCCUGAAGUAAACCUUUCUCAAAUGCUACAGCAACUCAGAAAUGGUUCUGACAUCACCGAAAUACCAGAAUUUACUAACAAAAUUCAUAAGAGGAUAAAACUCCCCCCUGAAGGGAUAUCCAACAUAAAUGAAAAUAGCCAGCAGCAAAUAUCUGACAAGACUCUUAGCGAGAACAAGUCGGGAUCAUCUUCUAAUGAAACACCAUUUUUAACGAGAUUGACUAAGCCUUCAGACUGUGAAAGUUGUAUAAAUAGUCCUUUUCCUUUGUCUGAGAUUAGUAUGGGGAAUAGGGGUCUAAACGAUCAGAGAGAAAUAAAAAAUGAUGCUGAUUGUAUUACUGAUCAAGGAGAAAACUAUCAAGUGCCUCAACUUCUACCUUCAAUUCUAAAUCUGGGCCCUAGUACUAAAACAAGUUUUGAUUCAGCAUAUCUGAAUAGAGGGAGUUACGAUGCGGUCGUGGACUUAUCCCCUUCUUCAAAUACGUCUAGUUAUAAUUGGGACGAGAGAAAAAAAUCUGAUUACAAGAGGAGAUCGUCAAUAAUCGAUGGGAUGGCCACAACUGAUUCAAAUGGUUACUUGGGCUCCCCAUCUAGUGCGGCGUUAAUAAACUUGGUUGGAGGUGGUUUUUUUCUUCAGGAUAAAUUGAAUAAAAAUAUAAACCAAAAUAACGUAUCCAGCUCACCGCAUCUACUGAACAAUACAAAUACAACAAGAAAGAUAGCAAGACAAAAAUUGGAAUAUUAUGUAAAUCAAUAUUUUGAAACAUAUCAUGUUUCAUAUCCAAUUCUUCACAGGCCCAUUUUCAUGGCUCAAUUUAACGAAGUUAUACCAACGCCUCGGAAUGGAUGGGAAAGCUUGUUAAAUAUAGUGGCUGCUAUUGGAUCUUUUAUGUGCGCUGUAUCGCCAGAUGAUGAUGAUGAUUUGAUACUCUUUGAAAUUGCAAAAUCAAAAUUAUCUAUAGAGAUAAUGGAAACAGGGAACUUAACAUUAGUGAAAACUAUUAUAUUAAUGUCGAAUUAUUUACAAAAAAGGGAUAGGCCCAAUUCUGGAUACAGUUAUUUGGGUUUGGCUGUAAGGAUGGCUUUAGCAUUAGGUAUGCAUAAGAAUAUUGAAAACUCAGAAGAAUCACUAUUAGAUCAAGAAAUAAGGAGGAGAAUAUGGUGGUGCUUAUAUAUAUUCGACUGCGGCCAAACCAUAACAUAUGGAAGGCCCCUCGGCAUACCUUGUGCUGGAUUUGAUACAAGACUACCUAUGAAUAUCAUUGACUCAAACUUGACUGCGCUUACUAAGGAAAUCCCUGAUGAAGAACUUGAGCCUACAAUUUAUACAAGUCUUCGAUUGCAGUCACUUUUUCAUUUAUUAACGAAUGGGAUUUACCAAAGAAUUAUCUCAGAUCCGUUUCCUACUGCAUAUUUACUAUUGGAAUGGGACAAGAAAUAUCUUGAAAGGUGGAGAUAUUUAACACCUUCAUAUUUCAAAGAAGACGCAAAUGUACCUACGAAAUUCAAAUUAGCUCAUUGUGUGCUAUGGUGGAGAUAUCGAAACUUGAGAAUUAUAAUGUAUCGUACUUUUCUAUUGAAAAGGGUCGUUUUGAACUCUAGAAGCUAUAAUGAAACAAGCGGCGAUGAAUUUGAGUUAAAGGCAGGAGAAAUUUGCUUACAGGAAUGUUCUGUAACUAUUCAUAGCAUGAACAGAUUUUGGACAGAAAAAAAAAAACAUAAUAGAAUGGACGCAUGGUACACCUUGUAUUUUAUAAUUCCUGCUGUUUUAAUGCCGAUGGUUUGCCUUAGAAAUGAUCCAUCUUCAAUGAAUGCGACUAAUUGGAGAAGUGAUAUUUUCACUGCCCAAAACAUAAUAAAAAGUUUAAUUAUCAUUUGUCCGGCUGCUAGCAAGAUUUUGGACUUGAUAGAAUUGUUGGGUUCAGAAUAUUUAAGGCGUCAAGGCCAUGGAGAGAAUAUUCGCUCCUUUGAAAUAUCUCGCACUGACGAAAGUCCAUUAUCUCAGUUGAUGCAAUUACAUAGUAUGUUAUGGCCCGUAUCAUUUGAUAUUGAGCAACAAUUCAAGUUGGCAUAA